AGAAUGGAAGGUUUAUCGGGUACUAUCAAAGGACCAAGAGGUAGCCCUGUAAAAGCACCAGUGAAGCUUCUAGUAGGUAAUACUGCCUAUACCACAACUGUUGAUGGAUAUUAUUAUUUAUGGCUACCGCCUGGAACAUAUAAAAUUCAGGUUCAUAAACAAGGUUACAUACCAUCUGUGCUUUCCACUAAGCAGGCGCAUUGA